AUGAGCUCAUUCCGGAAGUGUCAUGGCGCCGUGCAGCAUGCAGUGUCAGAGAUAGUAGUAGUACCAAAAACAAACAGUGUUUUUUAGCACUUUCAAAUGACUAGUGUAAGACCCCUGGAGUUAUUUCAUCAUUCAUAUAUCUGAGGAAUCGUAAGAUGGCAGAUCCAGGCUCCGGGGAGGCCAGUGGUCAGCGGCCGCCGGCCCCUGGAGGAAGCGGGAGAGGGCUCCUGACGGGGCGUAGACUGCCAGCUGCCAUCUCUCCUGGCCGCCUGCCCACAAUGCGUUCCAGAGACCUCACCUUGGGAGGGGUGAAGAAGAAAACAUUUACUCCAAAUAUUAUCGGCAGAAAAGCCAAAGAUGAAACAAAAGGUGAAAGUGCGCAGAGAAGAGAGAGGAAGGACGCAGAUCGAGGUGGCCGAGGUCAGAGAGACAGAGGCCGAGGCCGAGGGCGCCCAGAGAUGAUCCAGUCACACUCAAUCUUUGAACAGGGACCUGCAGAUAUGAUGAUGAAAAAGAGAGGUAGCUAUGAAAGUGAGAGAGACGCCCCAAGUGUGGGUCCCUCACCCAUCAUCAACAUCAAAAAGGAGAAGAGAGAGACAGAAGAGGAAACCAAAGAAAUCCUGCGCAAACUUGAGCGAGAUAAUAUUAUAGAUGAUCCUUAUUUGAGGAGUGAAGAGAGAAGCUGCCCUGUGCAGCUUCCUCUCGCAGUAUCAGGAUGGGGAUUCAAGGAAGAAUUCGGUAAUGCUGCUGUUAAAGUUGAGAAGGUAGAGGAAGACGCUGAAGCCAUGGGACAUGCAAUUGAAGUUAAACAGGAGCCAGAGGAAGCAGAAAUAAAGAAAGUGGAGGCUUCUUUCAAGCCUCCUCCCCUUCCUGAGCCUGAUGUUCUGCCUGAGCUCCUGCAUAGAUGGAGUCUGAGCAAAGGGGAGGAGCUGUUCUUCAUGCAGCUGCCCGACUCCCUGCCUGGCCAGCCCCCCACUAUAGAGGCCAGGCCAGUGAAGACAGAAGUGCAGUCAGCGGAUGGACAGUCUGUGCUACUGAAAACAGAGCCUCAGGAAGAGCAAAUUGAGGACAACGUCUGCAGUCUGAAGGAUCUGCGGGAGGGUCUUGUAGGGAAGAUGCUGGUGCGGAAGUCGGGCCGUGUGCAGCUCAUUCUGGGGCAUGUGACACUUGAUGUGUCGCUGGGAACGUCAUGCGCUUUUCUCCAGGAGCUGGUGUCAAUUGGGACAGAGGGCCGAACGGGUGAUUUGACUGUUUUAGGACACAUCAAACACAAAAUGGUUUGCUCCCCAGACUUUGAGGCGCUCCUGGAGGGCAGCACUUGAUCAUUAAAAACAGGGCCUUAAAUUUACAGAUGUAUUCAGACUUAGUAGGUUGUAGUGUACGAUUUUGGAGGCCUCGCACAGCAACAAGCCAAUCGCUGCUACUGUGGACUGUCCCAAAGGAACCAGACAUCCAAACCAAGUGUGGUGGCUGUGUGCUCUCCGGCAUAGUUUCUUGAAAGUGACUCUAAUAACCUAUUAAAAUAUAUUAAUUUGAAGUAAGGCUAUUUGUUUACAGUUUUGUAUUUUCUUUUUUUUUUCUGGAGUGGACAUUUUUUUCAGGCUCAGGAAAUGCCAUCAAAGAUUCAAUGCUGUGCCAAGUUUCAGUACUGUUUCCUGUUCUCUCUCUCUCUCUCUGGAAUAAUCUCUGCAAUGUAAAGACACUUGAAAACACUGUUGAUGUAAAUGUGUGAAUAAAUUAGAUUAUUUGAGUGCA